GUUGUCUCGCGCUCCUCGCCCUGCCAUCGUUCCCGUCACCUUCCGUCACCCCGUCUCCCCCUUUUAAAACCUGCUUCCGGUCACCGUUCUUGUCCCCUCCCAAGUCCUAACCGUAAGGCGACCCCGAGGACUCGUCGCGGAAUUCGUCGCCGUUCUCUCCGCGAUCCGAUCUCUGACCACCGUCUGGAUCCACUCCUCCUCCUUCUAAAUCGGAUUCUAUUCCUCUUUUUUACUCCAUUUCCUCCUAUUUCUUCCCAUCCUCGGGGGCGUUUCGAUCGUCGAUCGGCUCGAGGCUCGGAUCGGAUGCGCGUGGGCGACGGCGGAGGAGGGUACGGGUGGCGGGAUCGGGCGGCGCGAUGGGGUUCGACUGCGACGGCAACGGCAGGGAGGACAGGAUGGCGUCGGUGAGGGGGGUUUCGAUGAACGGCCUUACGAUGAAGACCGCCGAGGUGGAGGCCAAGAUCGAUGAGGGAAACAUCCAGGAGGCCGAGUCGUCGCUUAGGGAAGGGCUCUCCCUCAAUUACGAGGAAGCAAGAGCACUCCUUGGGAGGCUGGAGUAUCAGAGGGGCGACGUGGAAUCUGCUUUUCGUGUAUUUGAUGGAAUAGACCUCCAGGCUGCUAUACAGCGUUUGCAACCCACCUUUUCUGAAAAGCCUGCUUCAAGGCGGAACCGCCCUCGUACUAGAUCAAUACACCAGGUGUCUCAGCAUGCUGCUAGCCUUGUCCUUGAAGCCAUAUACUUGAAGUCCAUGUCCCUUCAAAGGCUUGGUAAAGCCACUGAAGCUGCUCGAGAAUGUAAAAGUGUCCUUGAUGCUGUGGAAAAAAUAUUCCAACAUGGCAUAGCAGAUGUGUUAGUGGAGCAAAAGUUACAGGAAACCAUUAGUAAGGCAGUGGAGGUCCUUCCAGAACUAUGGAAGCAAGCUGGGCGCCAUCAGGAAGCUUUAGCCUCUUACAGACGUGCUCUUCUCAGCCAAUGGAACCUUGAUGAAGAAUGCUGUGCGAGGAUUCAAAAAAGCUUCGCUGUUUUUUUGUUGUAUGGUGGUGUAGAAGCUAACCCACCUAGUUUGGCCGCCCAAGUUGAAGGUUCAUUCAUUCCUAAGAACAAUUUGGAAGAGUCUAUUUUACUUUUAAUGAUAUUGUUAAGGAAAUGGUACCUUGGUAAGACUGAAUGGGAUCCUUCAGUGAUGGAGCACCUUACUUUUGCACUGUCUCUAUGUGGCCAGACAUCUGUUUUGGGAAGGCACUAUGAAGAGGUAAUGCCUGGAAUAUAUCCCCGCUGUGAAAGGUGGUGCAGUUUGGCUCUUUGUUAUAGCGGAGCAGGGCAGAACAGAUCUGCUUUGAAUUUGUUGAGAAAGUCUUUAAACAGGCAUGAAAGCCCUAAUGAUGUAAUGACAUUGUUAAUGGCUGCUAAGAUCUGUAGUGAGGAUUGUCUUCUUGCUUCUGAGGGAGUAGAAUAUGCCCGGAGAGCUAUUGCAAAUGCUCAAAAUGGAGAUGAGCAUCUAAAGAGUGUGGGUCUCCAUUUCUUGGGCACUUGUUUGGGGAAACAAGCGAAAAUUGCUUCGUCAGACCAUGAGAGGACUCGUUUGCAAGUUGAGGCUUUAAAGUCACUAGAUGAGGCAAUUGCACUUGACUGCAGUCACCCAGAUUUGAUUUUUGACUUAGGCCUUGAAUAUGCUGAGCAACGCAAUACCAAUGCUGCACUCCGGUAUGCAAAAGAAUUUAUUAAUGCAACUGGUGGAUCAAUAUCUAAAGGUUGGCGAUUGCUUGCUUUGGUUCUGUCUGCUCAACAACGAUAUUUGGAGGCUGAAGUUGUUACUGAUGCUGCUUUAGAUGAGACUUCAAAGUGGGAACAAGGGCCAUUACUCAGAAUUAAGGCUAAAUUGAAAGUGGCUCGAUCGUUGCCGAUGGAUGCAAUUGGAGUAUAUAGUUUCUUGCUUGCACUUGUUCAGGCCCAAAGAAAAACCUUUGGAUCUUCCAAGAACAGCACUCAGGUUGAGGAUGAUAAGGUCAGCGAGUUUGAAGUAUGGCAAGGUCUUGCAAUUCUAUACUCUAGCCUUUCCCAUUGGAAAGAUGCUGAGGUAUGCUUGGAGAAGGCUAGGGCACUGAAACCAUACACUGCUGCUAUACUGCAAAUGGAAGGUUCUAUGUAUGAGGCCCGCGGUGAGACUAAAGAUGCAUUGGCUGCUUAUAGCAAUGCCCUUUUGAUGGAGUUGGACAAUGUGCCCUGCAAGGUAUCGAUUGGUUGCCUGCUCUCUAAGAAAAGCUCGAAAUCUUUGCCCGUGGCUAGAAGCUUUCUCUUAGAUGCUCUAAGGCUUGAACCCACCAAUCGACUUGCCUGGUGUUACUUGGGAUUGGUUCAUAGAGAUGAUGGUAGGCUGGCUGAUGCAGCAGACUGCUUCCUAGCAGCAUCCAUGCUAGAAGAAUCAGAUCCUGUAGAGGGUUUCAGUUCGAUUUCAUGAGUCUUCAAUUUUAGGCUCCAAAAUUCUUCCCCUUCCUGGUACACAACCGAGAGUUGAAUUUCAGCUGUAGAUUGUAUUUAUAGAGCUAACUUUGGUGGCUUUUUUUUUCUCCCUUUAAUUGUAUCACCACUACAGCAUCCUUGGCGGCAUAUAAUUUAUCUAGUGAGAAACGUUUAAAGGCAAUUUCAUCUCAGUUAUUUGUCAUUAGAGUAUAGCUGUUGAGCUUGUACAUUUUAUCACAUCAAUUUUUUUCCUUGGUUUUCCUUUUCGAUUCUCGCUGCCACCUGUUGUACAUAGCAUUAAGACUAUGAGUGCUGUGAGGGAUCACAUUGAUGUCCCAAAAAGGGUACUGUAAAACAGAAGAUUAUAUGUAUGAUGCUUGUGGUCUCACUGAUAUAUUAUAUGAA